AUGAUUCGGGCCCAUCCAGACAAGGAAUACGAGCGGUUUCAGAAAGCCGUGCUGAACAUGCCAAUCAAUAAUCCAGACAAUAGAAAGGAGAGGUUUCCGAAAGAGAUACCGCGUCAACUGUUCCCAGAGUUCCCGAACCUGCGAUUGCGCGAAGAGCUCGACCAACAUAUCAUGAAGCACUGCGGUGUAGACCUACCGCCUAUCACGGACGAAGAGAUCAAAAAGGUCGCUCACCAGCGCCACAAAUCGUCUACAUGCCCGAGCUUCUCUGCCGGCGAUUCUACGCGCCCUUUCAACGACCGGGACAGGACAAACUACCAACCACCAACUGCUUCGACCGUCGUUGACGAUGAAGAGGACGAAGAUGAGGACGACCAAUCCGCACCCUCUCUCGAACGGCGACGGAAGCCCUACAGCGCGCAGCCUGGGGCAGGCAAAGUCUACGAGGGACCAGGUGCCCCAACACAUCGCCACGCAAACUCCUUCUCCACGAGCGGCACAAGCGGCAGCAUCAAAGAGAUUCGACCCUCCGCGGCUCGCGUCCCAGACUCUCCUCCCUAUCGCAACGAGUCGAAAGGGCCCGGACGCGCGAGAUCUGGGACAGCUACUCGCUCCCGGAGCCAAUCGCGCGGGUUCCCCCCCGGCCACGAGUAUAGACACUCGGAGAGCGACCUCCACAAUGGUCCGCGAACCUCGGGCACAAACUUGAGCGACCACCACCAUCACCACCAUCACCAUAACUCAGCGUCUUCACGCCUUCCUAGUGAUCUCCUCGAGCAAUACAGGGAGCUCGACCGCAGCGCCGAAGACCAGCGACUCUACGAGCAGCUCCGCGAGCGCGAAAAGGAGCGCGAGAAGAGCAAGUACCACGACAGCCUCCCUUCCCGAUCCAGCUGGGCAGGUGAAGAGGAAUACUAUCGUGGCUUGCUUGGUGGCCAGGGAGGAGGGUCAUCUGGAUCCGGGUAUGAUUACAAGAGUUAUCGGUGA